AUGUUUUCGGAGUAUGCAUCGAGGUUCUUGGCCCAGUCACAGUCGAGGCUAUCCAACUUCGGCCAGGCCGAUAACAACGACAACCCUCCGCGACAAUCCGACUGGACAUCGCGGCCUUCACGGAAUCAGCGCGAUACAGGACGGAGCAAUGGACCAAGUAGAUCUUUCUUGGGUCGAGGCAAUGGAGGCAACCCAUAUCAACAAACCGGCGCUGGCUCUCGAUUUGGUCAGCUAGCAUUCGCGUCGCGCAUAUCGGCUGCUCAGGAUGCACCACUAUUUCACAGCACUUUGGAUGAAUUUCGGGAAGAGGACGAUGAGGAAGAGAGGGACAGAGAGGCCGCCGACAUGUUUGCCCUUCAAAGGUCAAGACGAGUGGCAGCCGCGAGUAAACUUGCCGAUAGCGUCGAGUCAGACGCUCACAGCCGCGGAUCCUUGGAAGACAGUUUGAACCAGGAAGAUCCGUAUCGAGAUAUGAGUAAUCGCCGUGGUAUUCGAAGCAGUUGGAAUGGAACAAGAAGCACCCAUCGCCCCGGCCUGGCAAGGGACACUCUAGUGGAAGAAGUCGAAGAAGAUCCCCGUUCAAGCGACGAUCAAGAUAGCAGCCGUGGAAGAGAUAGUAAGGGUAAGAUGGUCGACAUCGGACUCGAAUCGCAAGAAGACCCCGACGAGGAUCCCCCGGCUUCGCUUCUAGGAGGAGAAACCCCACGAGAGAGUAGCCCCCCAGCUUUCCAGCAAUUUAAAGGAACAGAUGCAGAACGAACACCUUUUAUUAGGCGAGAGUCCAUGACCGAAACUGAUAUGAGCAUGCGACGAGAUGCUCCUCCGGAAGAGGAAAAUGUGCAAACAACAUUUCAAUACAUCGAAGGCGAAAUAUUCCGACACGACCCCUUCUUUGCUUGGAUUUUCCUUAUCAGUGUUGCUGGUCUGUUCUCGACAUUCUUCCUAGUAUGGCUUCACACGUCACCACGAAAAAGCCCUGUUGGCGACACCAUCUAUACUGCGCUGCAAAAGUCAUUCCACAUGCUUGCGGUUGAUACAGUAGUAGCUGUAUUCGUGUCGUUCAUCUGGUUGGCGGCCCUCCGCUCUUUUGUGCGGCCUUUGGUCAGCGUCAUCUUGGUCGCAGUGCCGGCCAUUCUGUUUUCAUUCUCGAUUUAUUCAUUUGUGUCGUCUUUCAAGGGACGAACGCACGGAGGCAGCUUCCAGGAUUCGGUCAUGAGAUGGGCCUCUUUCGUCCCUGCCGCCUCAUGCCUGCUGUGGGUUUGGCUGGUAGUGCGAGGGCGACGUUCUAUCCAACAGGCCAUUGAGAUCCUUCAAUUUGCCAGCCGAAUUUUGGCCCAGAACUCAGCACUGCUGUUCGUUGGAUUUGGAUGCUUGGCCUUGAUUGUUGUUUGGACUUGGGCAUGGCUUGCCAUGUUCACAAGGGUUUUCAUGGGUGGACACUUUUCCAAAAGCCUCGUGAAAUUCGUGAUUCAGGUCUCCAGCUGGUGGCUCGGCGCUGCCUUCAUAUUGUCAUACAUGUGGGUAGUUUCGGUGAUCAACGCUGUCCAUCGUGCUACUACGGCUGCAACAGUAUCUCAGUGGUACUUUCACCGAAACGCUGGCCCUGCUACGCCCUCCCGAGAAAUUGUUUUGGCUGCUUUGAACCAUGCGCUCACGACCAUCUUUGGAAGUCUCUGCGAGUCAACUCUUCUGUCUUUGCUGAUCAGAGCGCCGCUGAUCUUCCUACCCAGGAAACUCGGUGCUAUUGUCACGAACAUCGCCUCGUUUUGGAUUCCAACGCCUGUUAUUGCGUUAAUGAACCCUCUAACUAUCACUUAUUCUGCCAUACACUCCCAGAACCUAGCAAGUUCAGCUAGGGGUCUGGACCAGAUGGAACUUGUGUCGCCAGCAAUCCCAACGACAACACUGACCCCUCGAGUUUUGCGUAAUCGUGGACAGCCUAAUGGGCUUUUGCCUUAUCGACUUGCUAAAUUGCUUCUUGUAGCAACCCGACUCAUUAUGGCUACUGGGCUUGGUUUCGCUGGAUGGGUGAUUACUGCUAAGCAGCUUCGUAUUCAACUGCCCGACGGAGUGGGCUACCGCGGUUCCGCCUACGCCUACGUUGUUGGAAUGAUGGCUAGUUUCAUUGGAUAUUCUGUUAUGGGCGCCAUGGAAGGUAUAUUGAGCGGUAUCGUCGAUGCCGUACUGAUUUGCUAUGGCAGUGAACGGCGCAUGGAGCGAGGCCAUGGCCGGUUCUGUCUCGAGGCAGCUUAUCUAUUUGGAGAACGCCGAGGAGGCGAUGCGCUGGAGUAUGCAUAG